AUGGCUGCUCCACUUCAGUAUGAACAACUUGUGGAAAAGUACAAGGAGGACUCAUCUACAAAAGUUCUGGAUGCGGGCGACAAAAAGCCCAUCCAAGUCGGACUCCUAGAUGUCGUGAUCGACAACAAGUACAAACCCCAGCUCGUCCGCGAGAACGGCCGAUUGAAAGUCGUCGUUGAAGCUGAUGCAAACGGCAUUAAGAUCGAACACCCUUUCCCGAAUCCUAAGGUCGUUCUUCUUGGCGCCGCACAGAUCAAGCAACGUGACACCACCGUUGAAGCAACAGCCUUUCGUCCUCAGGGCACCCCAACUAGUUUCCCGCCAUCAAAGGACGAUACAGCUCAGGACAGGACUCGAAAUAUACCCACAGUUAUCUUUGGGCCGGACGACCGCGUCGUCUUCCACGACACUUCCUUUCCCUGGCGCCUUUGUGGCAAGGUUCAAACUGCUGUAGCACGUGGGUCUGGAUGUAUGAUUGGCCCCCGCCACGUCCUCACGGCAAGCCACUGCGUGAACUGGGCCGCGGACGGCAGCGCGGGGUGGAUUAACUUCACGCCUGGGUACUACGACGGAUCAGGACCGUGGGGCACGUUUGCGGCGACCACAGUCUACGCAUACGUAAAGAAUAUCGGCGCUCUCCUCGACAAGCAGACUGCAUUUGAUUAUGCCGUUCUCGUGCUCGAUAAGCGGAUCGGAGACACAAUUGGCUGGGCAGGUAGGCGUGUGUUUGACGAUUCGUGGGUCAACACUGCGCAGUGGGCCUUCAUUGGAUAUCCCGGCGACCUCACCGGCACCGAGCGGCCGGCUUUUCAGGGCAAGGUUGUUGUUACCAGCAACAACCCGAAUUUCACGCUAAAUGGACGAAGCGGUGGACGAAGCGGCUCUGUGCUUGGUCACUUCAGUGAUAUCACUAGAGGCAUGUCAGGUGGGCCACUCUGGGGUACGUGGACGGGCGAGGAGGGGCCGAGAGUCGUUGGAGUGUGCAGCACUAGGGAUGGGCCGCCGAUUGCAGUUCCAGAUGGAUCAACGAAUCAGGAUAACGAAUUUGGUGGGGGCCAGGCGUUGGUUGAUUUGAUCAUCGAGGCGACGACUGAAGCUCCAUAG